AUGAGAGUUGCAAACAGAAGAGUGAGUAGAGCAGACUGUGCUAAUUGCACAUGCUCGCCAGGUUUAUUGUCCCGUACCAAUAGGCGGUCUUCGGUCAUUGCCAGAAGAAUCAGUAUCAAGAGAAGCAACUCAGGCAGCACCUCGCCUAAUGGAUCCAGAAAAGGUUCGGUGUUCACCAUCGAUGCUGCGUCGCUUUGUUUGCCCGAGAUUAAAGAGGUCAACACAUCGCAAAGAUUGCAGGCCUUGAGAACCUUGAUGGCUGAGAACGAUUUGGGUGCCUACAUUGUGCCCAGUGAGGACCAGCAUCAGAGCGAGUAUGUUGCACCUCUUGACCAGAGACGGAGCUUCAUCUCCGGUUUCUCCGGCAGUGCUGGUGUAGCUAUCAUCACUCGUGAUGUCACCUGUAUGAAUGAUGUUCCAGAAGGUUUGGCUGCGUUAUCUACUGAUGGUAGAUACUUCAACCAAGCAACUAAUGAGUUAGAUUUCAACUGGACCUUGUUGAAGCAGGGCGCCAAGGAUGAGCCUUCGUGGCAAGAAUGGACAGUCAGAAACGCCGUGCAGCAGUCCUUAGAUUCGGGUGUCAAGAUCAAUAUCGGUGUGGACCCAAAGUUGGUCAGCUUCCUGACUUUCGAGAAAAUUACCAGCGUCAUCAGGGAGGAGUUGAAAAAGUCUCCAAACGCAAGAGUUGACUUUGUCCCUGUCAGAGAGAACUUGAUCGAUAAGAUUUGGAGCAAGUUCGAAGAAAUCCCAAGUUCCAGUCAGCAUAUCGUCAAGACCUUGGAUAUCAAGUUUUCCGGAGAAGAUGUCAAGUCUAAGGUUGAAAAAGUUGCCAAAGUUCUCGAGUCUAAAAAUGCUGAUGGUUUGAUUGUUACUGCGUUGGAUGAAGUUGCCUGGUUAUUGAAUAUGAGAGGUUCAGACAUUGAGUUUAAUCCUGUUUUCUACAGUUAUGCUAUUGUUAAGAAAGAUAGGCUGGUUACGUUAUAUGCUGACAACAAUAAGUUCGAUACAGAUGUUGGUAAACAUUUGUCCUCCAACGAUAUUACUGUGAAGCCGUACAAAACGUUCUGGAAUGACCUAGUAUCUACCUCAAUGGAUUUCAGUUUAGCCAACAAGAAAAUUUUGGUCAAUGCUUCUGGUUCGUCUUGGGAAAUCAUUCGUCAAUUGAAAUGUGGUUUUGAGUCAGUGUCUCCGUCUCCGAUCGAAGACUUGAAGGCUAUCAAAAAUGAAACUGAACUUGCUGGUGCUAGAAGCGCACACUUGAAGGACGGAAGAGCUUUGGUUAAGUUUUUCGCGUGGUUAGAGAACCAGUUAAUUGAACAGUCUGAACUUAUUAAUGAAGUUGAAGCUGAUGAAAAGCUUUCUGAAUUCAGAAGACAAGAAAAGAACUUUGUUGGUUUGUCUUUCGACACCAUCAGCGCAACCGGUGCUAAUGGCGCUGUGAUUCACUACAAACCUGUGAAAGGUUCGUGUUCCACCAUCGACCCUAACAAGAUAUACCUUAAUGACUCUGGUUCGCAGUUCUUGGAGGGAACCACUGAUACCACCAGAACAGUCCAUUUUGGUACUCCUAGGGCAGAAGAAAUUAAGAACUACACUUUGGUGUUGAAGGGAAAUAUUGCCCUUGGUAGAUUAAACUUCCCAGAAAACACAUCCGGAAGCUUGAUUGACUCUGUUGCUAGACAAUUUUUGUGGGAGCAUGGUUUAGACUACGGACACGGUACAUCCCAUGGAAUCGGUUCAUACCUUAAUGUUCAUGAGGGACCAAUCGGAAUUGGUCCACGUCCUGCUGCUGCUAAGAACGCUUUGAAGCCUGGCCACUUGCUUUCCAACGAACCCGGUUAUUAUGAGGAUGGAGAAUACGGUAUCCGUAUCGAAAAUGUGAUGUUCGUCAAGGAGACCGGCCGUGUUUACAAUGGUAAAAAGUUCCUCGAGUUCGAGACUGUUACUCGUGUGCCUUUCUGUCGCCGUUUGAUUGAUGUUAAGCUUUUAACCAGUGAGGAAAAGGCCUGGAUCAACGAGUAUCAUGCUACUGUUUGGGAAGAAUUGCACCAGUCCUUUGACAAGCAUUCACUCGAAUUGUCUUGGUUGAGAAGAGAGACUGCUCCAUUGUAA